GACCUCGAGGUGGCCGAGCUGGGGGACUCUGAUGUCCAUGUCAAAAUGUUGGCAGCCCCCAUCAAUCCCGCCGACAUCAAUAUGAUCCAAGGGACCUACGCCAUCCUCUCCCCGCUGCCGGCCGUGGGAGGGAACGAAGGUGUCGGGGAAGUGCUGGAGGUCGGGCGGCGCGUGGCGGCUCUGAAACCUGGGGACUGGGUCAUCCCGGCGGGCACCGGACUCGGGACGUGGCGGACACAGGGGGUCUUCCCCGAGGAGACGCUGCUGAAGGUGCCCAGGGACAUCCCGGUGCUGUGCGCCGCCACCCUGAGCGUCAACCCCUGCACGGCGUACCGCAUGUUGACCGACUUCGAGACCCUGGCGCCGGGUGACUCCAUCAUCCAGAACGCCGCCAACAGCGGUGUGGGCCAGGCUGUUAUCCAGAUCGCCAAAGCCUUUGGCAUCAAGACCAUCAACGUGGUGAGGGACAGACCUGACCUCCCCAAGCUGGUGGAGAGGCUGAUGGCCCUGGGCGCAGACCACGUCAUCACGGAGGAGAUGCUGAGAAAGCCAGAGAUGAAAGACAUGUUUAAGAGCAUCCCGAAGCCCCGGCUUGCCCUGAACUGCGUCGGAGGCAAAAGCACGACGGAGAUGCUGCGGCAUCUGCAGCCCAAAGGGACCAUGGUCACCUACGGGGGGAUGGCAAAGCAGCCCGUGAUGGUGCCUGUGAGCGCGUUCAUCUUCCGAGACGUGCGGCUCCGCGGCUUCUGGAUGACGCAGUGGAGGAAGGACCACGCGCAGGGUGACCUGGCCGGUAUGAUGGACGCCCUGUGCCAGCUCAUCCGGAGGGGACAGCUCACCGCGCCGGCCUGUACCGAGGUCCCGCUCCAGGACUACGAGGCGGCGCUGGAGGCAUCCAUGAAGCCCUUCACCUCCUCCAAGCAGAUCCUCCUCCUCUGA